AUAAUUUACGGUCACGACGAUAAUCAUUCGCUUAGCCAAGUGUGACAUUAUUUCAAGGUCCAACUAGAGCACAAUUUUGCCAUGUUUUGGCUCGCGCUCUAGCGGCCGCGUACGUAACUACUACCACUACUCUGGCGAUGUGAGUGUGUGUGUGUGGCUGCUUGCUUCACAAAAUCGUCUGGAAUAUGCCUUGUGUUUGAGUACACACGACGGCUUUUCGAUCAAGACGAUGACAGGAACUCUGCAUGAAUUAGUCCUCCGAGCUCCGGGCGUACGUUAGCGAAGACCAAGUUCCAUUGCCUAUUUGAGAGCCAGACGCUGGUACCGCGAGGCCUCCUUGAGGACUGACUGACUGAACCGCAAUCAUGGAGGCUGUAACUGCUGAAAGUGGUGAAAACAUUAAAGAAAUCGGAGGCACGUCUCCUGGUCCUGAAGGCACCAAGGUGAAUGGCGAUGUGAAUGGAUCAACAGAUGAAGCCAUGGACGUAGAUGCUGCGGAUGCUGCGGAUGAUGCCCCAGCCGCCAAGGACUCUUUGCCUGAAUCAUCAAGUGUUCAAGAACCACAGGAUGAAGACAAAGAAUCAAGUAGAAAUGAAGAUGAACCUAUGGAAGUAGUAGACAAUAACAUUAGUGAUCUCUCUCUCAAGAGUGAUGUGCAUGAUAGUGAUGACCAUGCUGAUGGUCAGAAUACUGAUAGCUUUAAGAAUGGACCUAGUGCUGACAAGGUAGAGGACAGUGUAGGGGAAAAUAAUGGUGAGAAUAGUGGGGGAAAAUCAGAAUCAAGUGAUAUUAGUCAUGAAGUGAAUUUAGACAAAAUAGAUAAUAGUGAAAGUGCUGAUAAUAAAAGUGCAGAUGGUUCAGCUAUUAAAGAAAGUGUUAGUGAUAGUGAGCAAGAAGGAGAUGGAGAAGGUGAUAGGUCAAGUUCAUUACAAAAUGGUGAGGCAACAGCAUCAACUGAAAAUCUUGAUGCUGAUGAAGUCACAGAUCUUUCUAAAAAGAAAGACGAAGAGACACCUGAAAGAAGUGAAAGUGAGAGAAAUGAGGGUGAUAGUGAAGAGUCCCCAGACGGCUCAACUCCAACCAAAAAGGGGAAAGGCCGCAAGAAUCCUGCUCCGCUUUCCCUGACUCCCCGGCGAAGCUCUCGAAACUUAAACAAACAGAAAAGUUAUGCAGAGGAGAAAGAAGAAGUUGUGGAAAGAGAUGAUGGCUCUGAUAUUGAGGAGAUCACCAUGGUGGACCCACUUACAGCGGGGGAUAAGGAGAACACCAAGUCUAGGCUUGGUAGGACUAGCACCAACAAAACAAUUGUUGUGAAUGAUACAAAACAUCUUGUUGAAAUAGCUUCUGGCAGCAAACAGUCUAAAGGCCAGAAAAAAGAGCCUACCUUGGUUAUAAUAGAUACUAAUACUAAUUCAAUUAUAUCUGGUAGAUCGCCUAUGUCUGGUACUCAGACUAAACUACCAUCACGACCAGGUCUUCAAAUCACUCCUGCCCACAUGUCAAGUGCCUCACCUUCGUCGUCUUCGUCUAUUCAGCAGAGUUUCUCUGUUGUACCUGUGGGUAGUCAUAAUCAGACAGUGUUUGGGAGUGGGGUUACUGCACAACGAGUGUCAACUCCACCAGCUCCUGUUCAGGCAGCCAAGCCGCCAGUCAUCCUUCCUUCCCUCACAGAUGAUAUGUACGUGGUUGAAGCACCCUCCUUUAUUGUGCCCUAUGUAUAUGAAAAGCCACCCAUUAAACCAUUGAAAGACUAUAUUGAAGAUUUGGAAGAAGCCAUCAAGAAGCAGAAACUGGAGGAUGAGAAGAAAGAAAAAGAGCAGGAUGAAGAAGAUGCAAAGGAUGCCAAGGAUAAAAAAGAUGAGAAAGAUGAGAAAGACGAGAAAGAUGAGAAAGAAAAGAAAGAAGAGAAAGAAGAGAAGGAUGGUGAAUCAAAUUCAAAGAAAGAUGAUGAAAAAGCCAAAACUGGUGACACUGAAAAAUCUGAAGAUGAAAAAAUGGAUGUGGAUGAGGACAAAAAGAGUAGCAAAGAAGGAAAGGAUGAAAGUAAAAAAGAUGAUACAGCUCUACGGGAAGGUUCCAAAGCUGAUGACAAGAAAGAAGAUGCUUCUAAAGCAGAUGGUGAUAAGGCUGAUGACAAGAAAUCAUCAUCUUACUUUGACAACCCUCUUGGGAAAUUCUUCAUGUCAAUUGGUACAAAUCUUGUUCAAGAACAUGUACAAACUGACCUCCUUAGAUCACAGAAGAAAAAACGGGAGAGGGAAGGUGGUAAAGGAGUCGCCAGCACUCAGAUGGCCAUUUCUUCUUUGGAACAAACAUUAGAGUUCAGCAAAGAAAAUAAUGAACCUUUCCAUCUAAAACAGAAGAAAUGUGACUACUGUAGUUUCAGAACUGAAUCUGCUUUAGUUAUGGCUCAUCAUAUGGAAACUCCGCACAUGAGGAACUAUAUUUACCGGUGCAAUUUUUGUGAUAAGGAAGUCCGCUCCCCACAUGACAUUUUGUUCCACAUGGAAGCAGAGCAUAAUGUGCGAGGAAAGUUAGAACGUGGACCAGCUUUCCAUCAAUGUCCAAACUGUCCCUUUGAGGACAAUCAGAAGGGCAAACUCACAAGACAUCUUGUGUCCUGUCAAAAGAAGUACCGUUCUGAAAAAAAUCAGGAGCCACCUCUCGAUUGGGAGCCACCAGCAAAGAUACCUCGAGUGUCUCGCAGCAGGCCCUUCCCUAUGGGCAGCUCAGCCAUGAGUGGUAUGGGUGUCCCUCAGAAGCCUGGAAUGGUUGGACAACAGCAUCCAUUACUUCCAAAGUUGCCUGUUGGUUCCUCCAUUGUGGGCCAACCUACAAUAGGUCAGAUAGCAAAUUCGCUUGGCAGAGGGCGCGGACGACCGCCCGUGCAGGGUCGUUUCCCAGACCUCAAACAGACAGGCAUGCAGCAACAGAGACUGCAGGCACCCAUGUCAGGGAUGCUGUAUCGUCCAUCUCCAUCUGGUGCUUCUCAAGUGCUAGUCCCUACUACCUAUCAGAUUGCUGGCAAUCCGAUUUAUCAAGUGGUGGGAGGGCAGGUGAUGAAGGUUAUGCCACGGCCAGGAGAAGGGUCUGCCACCUUACCAUUUGCUCUCGUGCCAACAGGCAGCAGUUCUCAGAACUCCAAGGGACAAGCAAGCAAACUCCAACAGCAACCAAGCAUUUCAAUUACACCUCUGCCACGGCAGCCUAGCGGCACUCCCCCGGCGGCGCACAGCACGGGCAUGCCGGCCGGGAGCAACAAGCCUGGCCACCCAAGCAGUGGCGGCAAAGCAACCUUUGUCAUUUGCGAGAUCUGUGAUGGCUACAUUAAGGACUUGGAGCAGUUGAGGAAUCACAUGCAAUGGAUACACAAAGUGAAGAUUCAUCCCAAGAUGAUAUACAACCGACCUCCAUUGAACUGUCAAAAAUGUCAGUUCCGAUUCUUCACUGAUCAAGGGUUGGAGCGCCAUCUUUUAGGCUCCCAUGGUUUAGUUACCUCAAGCAUGCAAGAAGCAGCCAACAAAGGAAAGGAUGGUGGAAGGUGUCCUGUCUGUGGCAGAGUGUAUCAAUGGAAACUACUCAACCAUGUCGCUCGGGACCACAGCAUGACUUUAAAGCCUGCACACUUAUCUUAUAAGUGCACUGUAUGUACUGCCACCUUCGGCAUGUACAAACAGUUCGAGAACCAUGUCUACUCUGCCCACUCUGGUGUCGCCAAGAGAGUAAUGGACAAGAAGCCUGGUGGCACUACAAGUACCGCAAGUCCUUCAGUUAGUCGUUCACCUGCCCCAGCACAGCAGGGAGACUCAUUACUCAUCAAGCCCUUAAAAAUAAAUGACGAGAUUACAAUAAUUCCUCAGCCCACGCGUGCCGCCCGGCCGUCCCCCUCCGGACGCAGCGGACCUCUACCUGCUCACAUGCAGGGAGGCAAGGCAGGCGAGGACCGACAGCGGCGGCCUGGUGGCAGUGGCGGCAGCAGGGAUGAAGGAGUUCAGAUAAUCGAUCUGGAUGACUCUCCAUCCAAAGACGCUCUUACUGCUGUUCAAGAACGGCUAAGGCGUAGGACAAGCCUUGAAGUUAGUCAAGUGGAGACAGAUGAAGAUGGUUCAUCGGCUGCUUCCAAGAAGAGCCGUAGGGACUGAAGCUGUGUUUUAUUUUGUUAAAAUGUGACGGGUGAACUCAUUCCGCAAUGAAUGAAGCGGUGAAGCAAGUGUGACAUUAGUGCAAAGCCUAUGUCAGGCUGGGCUGAGCCUUAGCCUCAAAGGCCUCCACCUUAACCUAUUAUUGUACAUCUGAAGAUUUUCCUUUUUUUAAUUUUUACGUAAUGCCAACUGAUUAAUCAGUGAGGUGCGCAUGUGCUUGUACAGUUUUAUUGGCCAUCCAAUCAAAGGUUCUGUCCCAUCCAUUUUUAUUUAAUGUAAUUAUUCAUCUUUUUAGAAAAGAAGUGUUUUGAGAAGUGAGAAGCAAUAGUGUGAUGGUGUUGGUGUGAAUUGCCAGCCACACUUGCAUGUUUGCAGCUACAGAAGGUACACAGUGUGUCUUGUGAUGGUACUCCAUGGACUGUACAAAACACAUGAUGUAAAUUUGCUAUUGUGCCCUGUAGCUUGGCUGGUACUUGUAUGUAUAGAAUGUAGAGUUGUAAGGUGUAGAAUGUAUUUAAUGUAAUAGACUUUGGGGAAAAUAAAAGUGGUGAACUCUCAUUACUUUUGGUUUCAUACUCAUAUUUAUGAUAGGUUUUAGCUCUGCAACAAAAUGGUCUUUUAAAUUAGUGAUGCAAGAAUGAAUUUAUUACAAUUUGUCAAUGAAUUUUGUGAACUAGUUUCAGCUAAGAUGCAUUCUGAACUAGUGCAUUGAGGAGACUGUGUCAGAUCGGCCUGCCUGUGUGCCUGACUGAGCUUUGCCAUGGUAAAGAAAUGGAUUGAAUCAUGUGAGAGUGGCACUGCCAGCUAAAAGGACCACUUAACAGUGUAUACUUCUUUUUUAAAUUUUGUGUUAACAUUUUUAUAUAAUAUACUGUCUUGGAAUCUGUAAGGAAUCAGCAUAAAUUUAACCUGCUUGUAAAUGGAAAAAAUUGUAAUCUCAUUUUCCUUUUCUUUCUUGUUUUGUUUGGCUAGAAUGGUAUGCUUGUUGCACAUUGUUUUGGAGUCGCGUCUGUCUUUGAGCAAGCCUAGGUCGUCUACCAGAAAGCUGUGUCCUAGGCACUCUUGUCUUGCCAACAAGUUACUUAUUGCUAGUGCUGGUACCAAAGUUUUCGGCUGUUCCUACACAGACACAAUUCCAAAAUGCACUUUCUCUAUUAAAAAAAAUUGUAAAAUAAAGUAAACUUGUACUUAUGAGAAUUAUAAGAUAAUUAGGUUUUUUA